AUGUGUACUUGUAUACUGUUAUCUCCUUUUGAAUUUCAUUAUUAUAUGUCUAAUUUGUCUGAAAUUCGACGACUCCGUGACAAGAUCCAAGAAUACAGACCUGGUAAUUGGACGAUCAGAGAUGCAGGGUCUAGCUUCGAAAAACCAUCCAAGGUUCAACUAGGUGUCUUCGGAGUGCAAGACUCAGGCAAGAGUGCCUUUCUCAACUCUCUUUACUUUGCUUACAAAGGUUUUUUUUCACAAGUCUACCUCGAGAGCAAUACGGAAAGGCAAGGAGGAGAGACUAUAUUUCGAGACCCUACUGUACUUACCGAUCAAGUAACAAUUUUCGAUACACGUGGACUAUUGGAUCUGAGUUAUUACAAAGUUAUGGAUGUAAUGAAUGAAAUCACUGGAAAGCGAGGAAUCGAUCCUCGUUCUUGGACGGCUGGAGAAAGGAUCGACUGUCCCAUCUUUAUCCUGAAAUACAACUCUGCUACUGGAAUACAACAUUGUCGUGACUUCCUAUCGUCACUUGUACCAAAAAUCAGGAAAGAGUUCGGCUCGUAUCCGGUCAUGGUCGUAACCUUUGCAGAGAGCAUCUUGAACCAGGAUGAGAUCAUUUGCGACAUCACCUUAGCUGGUAUGGAGAAGAACAGUCUAUUCUUCAUUGAGAACUACACAGCUUCAAACCACGAGAUGGAUUCUAAGAAACACAUUGCUCUUCUCAAGAUCCUGGAAGCCUGUAUCAAGCGAGCCGAUGAUAACAUCACCUUCCACUGGCGAAAAGAGAAGGAGCCACUGCCCAAAAGAAAGUGUGAGAUAAUGUAA